GGUUGCUAUUUAGUUGGAAGGGAAUUUUCGAUGCGCGGGAACAAUCACCAACAACAACUGGGUAAUGUCGCUAGCCACUUGUUUCUUUGGAUACAAACCUUCAGAUGUAACGGUAGUGGCGGGUAGUACUGACGGAAAGGCAGGCUCGAGUUUUGGAGUCAAGACUUUGUUCUUUCACCCGAAGUUUUCUGUAUCUGAAGACUACAACUACGUCUGUAUUCAGCUCAACAGCACUCUCAAGUGGUCUAAGAAGAUCAAACCUGUCAAGCUGCCCAAGAAGGCUCCCAAGGUCAACACCAACAUGGUGGUCGCUGGUUGGGGUAAAGAUGUGUGGGAUGCGUCUGAUGCCUCUGACUUGGUUCUGCGUCAGGGAAUGAUGAAGUGGGUUUCCAUGUCAGUCUGCAAAGCCAUCUACCAAAUUGAAUGGACAUCUAGAAUGGCCUGUGUAUAUAACAAGGGAAAGACAACCCUCUGUGUGGAUGAUUUUGGUGACCCAUUCGUGUACAAGGGUGUAUUAUACGGACAGUUUGCGGCAGGAACCAUGAACAACCCUUGCAGUGCCGAGUCGGACCCCCUUCUUCUUGCCAAUAUCGUCCCCGUUACUGGCUGGAUCAAGAAAGUGACCAGUAAAAAGGAAUAGGAUUAUUAAAGUUAUGGUAUCAUGGGAAAAAAUGAAAUGUUUUAGGUUUUGUAAAAACAAUAUAUGGCUUAACGAUGAAUAUAUAUUGAACACUUUAA